AUGUAUGUCGGAGACGAGCACGGAGUACAAAGACGGUUUCAAGAAAAGGUCGGAGAAAUCAAAACACCUAGCUUUGCAUUCGCCGAUUCGAAAUGUGGCGUGCCUCGUACCUCGGAUAUACCUAACUUCAUUAUCAUGAAGGAACCUGGUGAUGCAAUUGUGGUUGGUGAAAUUAAAUUUCCCUGGGUCACCCACCAUCACAUCGCCAGAACGGUGGCAGUCGCUGGAACUAGACCUAAGGAGGGUGAACUACGGAAUUUACUGGGUAAGUCUCCUCGUGCUCGCAGUAUUUACUCCUUUACUUACACAGCUCUAGGCCAGAUUGCGAACUAUAUGGAUGUAAUGAAUUUGAAGUAUGGAGUCCUUACGACCUACGAGCAGACAUUGUUUCUCCGACAGACUACACUGGAAUCAUCGCUCGUGAAGCACUUUUCUGAUACUUAUACCAGUGCUGAUCCUCAGUCUGUGACCGUGAGGCAGUGCUUUUGGUAUAUAGGUCAGUUAGCUUUGAAAGGUGCGCGAUUCAAUGGCUCCUCUCAUACCCAGGGCCAAAUCAUGCUGUGGACAAAUGAAGGAUCAGUGCCUACCUACCGAUAG